AUGGGUUGUUUGGGCAACAGCAAGACUGAAGAUCAACGCCUCGACGAAAAGGCACAGCGAGAGGCGAAUAAAAAAAUCGAGAGACAGUUGCAAAAAGAAAGACAAGCUUAUAAAGCGACACACAGGCUGUUAUUAUUGGGUAAGGUUUUAUACACGGCUUGGCCCGAACACUGUGGGAUCUAAAAUAUCCUUCAUUAAAUUACCCCAUUACGUAUUUGAAAGCUCUCGCUAUAUGUCAUGGGGGGGGGGUGGAUGUUGAUGGAAGCGAAGCCUAGCAAUUUGCUUCAUUUUGACAACAUUCUUAUUCAUUUUGAACCGUCACAAGAUUAAAACCUUAUCGUUCGGUUAUCAGCAACACAUUGUAACAUUCUGUCCUUGUGCUUCGAUUCGAAGGUGCUGGAGAGUCCGGGAAAAGUACUAUUGUGAAGCAGAUGAGGAUUCUACACGUCAAUGGUUUUAAUGCAGAGUGAGUACACGAAUCCACUGUUGUUACAGGCCCGACUGCAUCUCCAUUUGACAUAUAGGCCCAGAUAUACAUAUAUAUAUAUAUACCUAUUUCAUAACGUAUUUGGUUAUACUCAAGGCAGGGAAACUCUAAAUAAGAUAAUAGGCUGUAUAGAACUGAAUGGAUUUUCCUCGGGCACUGCAGCGCCCAGGCCCUGUCUAUCAGUGACCAACACACUAUGGACAGCCAGACGACUAGCUCCAGCAGCAGCACUGAUCUCUCUCUCUCUCUCUCUCUCUCUCUCUCUCUCUCUCUCUCCCUGCUCACAGCAGACACCAAUAUAGGCUAUAUAGGCUUCAGUACUUGAGACUUGAGAUCUCCCUGACUGCCUGUUAUUACAUGAGAUCUCCCUGACUGCCUGUUGUUACAUGAGAUCUCCCUGACUGCCUGUUGUUACAUGAGAUCUCCCUGACUGCCUGUUGUUACAUGAGAUCUCCCUGACUGCCUGUUGUUACAUGAGAUCUCCCUGACUGCCUGUUGUUACAUGAGAUCUCCCUGACUGCCUGUUGUUACAUGAGAUCUCCCUGACUGCCUGUUGUUACUGAAGUCACAUUGUUUACUGUUAUGUAUGUCAUUGCUAUAUCGGCUAUUAUUGGAGAUAGGUCUAUGGAUAAUGUAUUUUGCUGCAAGGCCUUCUGUGCAUGUGAUAGAACAGUGGCCUAUGUCUGUGAGUUGCAUAGGCCUACGAUUGUACUGGUAGGGAUAUCUUUCUGCCUGCCUGGCCUGAACACAUACCGGCUCUAGUGUGUUAACGUCCGGGCCGAGAACUGGAGUGGAUCUAUGCUGCCUUCAUAGUGGGAUCUUUAGGUCCUUGGACGAGGACUAUUGUGAUGUUGUUGGUUAUUGUCUCCUCAUGGCUGAGUUCUGUCCUCCUUUGACAGAGAAAAGAAACAGAAAAUACAAGAUAUUCGGAAAAACGUGAAGGAUGCCAUCGUGGUGAGUAGGAUAGUAUUAAUCUGUGUCUUUCCUGUUUUUAAUUAAACUAGUGGUUUACUCUGUCUGAGUCCCAAAUGGCACCCUAUGCCCUACCAUGUACCGUGCACUACUUUUGACAUUUACAUUUGACAUUUUAGUCAUUUUGCAGACGCUCUUAUCCAGAGCGACUUACAGGAGCAAUUCGGGUUAAGUGCCUUGCUCAACGGCACAUCAACAGAUUUUUCACCUAGUUGGCUCAGGGAUUCAAACCAGGGAGCUUUCGGUUACUGGCCCAACGCUCUUAACCCGGUGCCCUCUUAACCUGUGGCCCUCUUAAUAAUUAUAAUAUGCCAUUUAGCAGACGCUUUUAUCCAAAGCCACUUAGUCAUGUGUGCAUACAUUUUUACGUAUGGGUGGUCCCGGGGAUCAAACCCACUACCCUGGCGUUACAAGCGCCAUGCUCUACCAAUUGAGCUACAGAGGACCACCUGGGGCCCUCUUAACCUGGGGCCCUCUUAACCUGGGACCCUCUUAACCUGGGGCCAGUAACCGAAAGGAGAGCCAAAUGGCACAGAGCCAAACGACACCCUAUUCCUUGUGUAGUUCAAUGCUUUUGACCGUAGUCCAGGGCCCUACAUUGGGAAUAGGGAGCCGUUUGGGAUGCAACCUCAGGGUUAGAUUGGACACCCCAAUCCUAUUUCCCUGAUUUAGAUAAGCUUAUGAUCUCAUUUAGCCUGUAUUUAGCCUGUAUUUAUCCAGCUUAACGGCGCUGGGUGUGUUUCUCCCCUCCUCUUUGUAGACUAUAGUGUCAGUGAUGAGCACCUUGAUACCCCCGGUCACUCUAGCCAACCCUGAAGACCAGUUCAGAAUCGAGUACAUCAAAAGCAUAGCUCCUCUCUCGGACGUUGACUACACACAG